AUGGCGUCCGGAGCCCAGUCGUACUACGAGCUCUACCGUCGAAGCAGCAUCGGACUCGCCCUGACGGACACCCUCGACGAUCUCAUCAGCGAAGAGCGCAUCAACCCGCAGCUUGCCAUGAAGAUUCUGGGCAACUUUGACCAGGCAAUCACCGAGGCGCUGCAGAAGGGCGUCAAGAGCCGGCUGCAGUUUAAGGGAAGCCUCGACACGUACCGGUUCUGCGACGAGGUGUGGACCUUUUUGAUCAAGAACGUGACGUUCAAGAUGGACAAUGGGAGCCAGUCCGUGUACGCGGACAAGGUCAAGAUUGUCAGCUGCAACGCCAAGAAGCCUGGAGAGGGGCCGUGA